GUAUGUAAUCAAGUAGUUACAUAUCGAUUCAUAAAUGUCUAACUAAAGUAAACUAAAAUAUUUUUUUCUAAGAAAGUACAGCCGAGUAAACAGAAGCAAUUUUACGAAACGUUUUUUUACCUUCUAAAUUACCUUCAAUUUAUGGCCUAUACAUUUAUCUUCGAUUUUUCGUAGUACUCACUCGGGUAAAUUAUUUCUGAGGUGAAAAGUAAAAAUAUAUAUCCCGCUGAGAGAUAGAUCCACUUAACUUAUAGCUUUGUUACAAAAGACUAUGAAAGUUGUGCCGAUAACAAAUCGCAAGGGUGUGAAUUUAAAGAUAACGGGAUUGAGAUUACUGGGACUAUGGAAAUUCGACUACUCGACGUCAUACUUUAGAUUUAUUUACUACUGUUACAAUAAAAUUUCAUUUAUAUUAGUACUUAUAUUUGUUAGUACACUGACUGCUGAUCUUAUUAUUAAUUAUGAUGAUCUAUCAAUUGUCACUGAUGACGGCUGUUAUAUUGCUGGGAUUACAGUAAUAAUAUUUAAGUUAUAUAAAUUUAAUAGUGAGCAUGAAAAAAUAAAAAUAAUUGUUGAUGAAAUUCAUAGACCACUAGAUCUACUCAACCAAUCACCCGACCCGGGAGUACGUAAGAUAAUUAAGAGGACAGCUUUUUUUGAAAAUUUGAUGGACAAAUUUUUUAUAAUCCUCGGAUGUUUUUUGGCUGUCGCAUUGACAUUUUUUGUGCCUAAAGACAAUGGGGCGUUGCCGAUUCGCGCAGUUUUUCCGUUUGAUACUACUGAAACACCGUUGCAUGAGUUGGCAUUUAUUAUACAGGCGUAUAGUAUUUUUUAUGGGUUACUGACUAUUGUAUUUAUGGAUGAAUUGAUUGUAACACUUAUUAUGUGGAUAAAUUGUCAGCUGGUGAUACUAAACAGUAAUUAUAAGAAUUGUAGUGGAGACGCUGAGGGUCAGGCAUCGAUUGAAAAAAAAAGUGGUUUGAGUAAAGAAAUUAAUGAAUUGAGCAAUGAAAAAUUUUUAAUACGUACCUUUGUGUUAUUUGAUGAUGAGACUGAUGGUAGAAUUGAUGACAACUUUUUGGUGAAAUUCAAGUAUUGUAUUAAACACCAUCAACGUCUGAUUGUUGUUGUCGAUCAUCUCAAUGACGUUUUUAGUUCAAGUAUGUUACUACAACUAUUCGCAAGUUUUUCCAUGAUUUGCUUGACUGGCUUUCAAGCUGUACUGGGUGCCAAUGAAACGGGAAAUUUAUUAAAAUUUAUUAUAUAUCUUGGUGCUGCAUUUUCACAAUUACUUAACUGGUGUUGGUUCGGUAAUGAGCUUCUUCAAAAGAGUGCUUCCUUAACUAAUGGACAAUGGUCAUCGGGAUGGGAGAAACAUUUAAGUGAUAAUAUUAAAUCAUUCAUGAUCAUUUCACUGCUCAGAACACAAAAAAUUUUACAAUUGCAAGCUGGAAAUUUUUACAAUAUGUCUUUGCACACAUUUACUGCGGUUUUAAAAAAUUCGUAUUCGUUUUUUGCAUUGCUGACUAAGGUAACUGAUAAUUCAUAGUUUAUUUAUUUACAAAAAAUACUUUUUUAUGCAAAAUGAUGAUAUAUAAGUGGAAUUAUUUUAGUACAACACGAAAAAAAUAAUCACUAGCUGCUAUAGAAAGCAUAAUCUUUAGCAGCUAGCGAGUAUUUAUUUUCCAUCAAUAACGUAAUUGUACAGAAAAUGUAUUUAACAAAUACAAAAAUAAAAUGAUAUAUUUUUAUAAUAAAUAAAUAAAAAGUUUAAUCUAAAAUACAAAAUUAAUUUUCUAUUUAAUUGAUUAAGUUUUAUAUUAAAAAAAAAAAA